AAAGCAAUUUAUUGUAGACUUCAUAGUUAUGUCUUUUGGGAUUCUGAGCGUUUUUGUCAUAUUACUGGUGCAAAAUUGCUAAUUUCAUGGAUAGUGGUCCAUUUUUUUGCGGACACAAUUGGAAAAGGAAGAAAUUCAAUAUUAUAAAGGAAGUGUGUUGUGUGAAGUCGCAUUUUACGUCAUAUGCUAUAUAACUGCUCUUUUGACAAACAAUAUUGUGCUGAUUUGAACAAAUGAUAUUGGCUGUUUUAUAAGUCAUCCUUUGGUAAAUCGAGUGGAUGAAAAUAUAUAACUGUUACGUGCCUGCAUAUUGUAUUACUGACUCAGAUGGCUGACGAGGGAAUUGGUUUUGUGCAUUAUUUGUAAUUUACUGAAUGAGUUUGACGAGUUGGGAAGAUUUGUACAGAUUAUAUUGCCAUAUUGACGAGUUUAUUUCAUUACAUUGAGAGAUUCAUUUCCAUAAGAGAUCAGAAUAAAAAAAGGUGACCGUUGAUGCCAGAACACAGGCGUGGUCAGACAAUAUAAUAUAUGCUCAGUGGCCGGCGUACAUGAUAAGCGUAUCAUUUAGUAGUCACCAUUAAUGAUGACACCCUGGAUCAGGAUAUAGGUACUUUGCACUGCAUUCACCGACACGUUAUUUUCACCGUUACAUGAAAAUUUUCCUGGUUACACUCGGCUUAGUCCUACGAAGGAUCACCCAACUUCCUGUAUCUUUAGGACGUUGCAAAAACCACUUGCCCAUCACCAUGUGAAGAAAAAUAUAUAGCAGGGAAAAGAGUGAGGUUCAUGGAAAGGUUGCACUGUAUUAGUGCACAGUAUCAAUGAUUUAUAUUUUUAUGAGUGGUGUUAUAUUGCUGGGAGAAGAUGAGUAAGAAUUUAAAACGGUGCCUUUCUGGAGAUGUGGACAGCAUAGAGAUGUACAUACUGCCAGAGUCAGGCCCCGGGGAGGGGCUGGAGGGGUCAUACCAAGAGGUAUCUGACGACAUGGAGGGUGGAUUUGACUUCUCGAGGAAAAAGUCUUCGCAGGGAAAGGAUUACGAUCUCGAAGAAGAGCCUGCCUAUUGCUCGUACUGUGGCUUUCAUUUUCUGAGAUUUACCCCCACCAGUUUCCGAGUCCUCAUACUGCUAGCUCUUUCUGCGGCGGCCUUUGUACAGGGAAUGGUGGUGAAUGGUUUUGUGAAUGUGGUGAUUUCUAACAUUGAGCGGCGGUACGACCUGACCAGUACGGAGACGGGAACCAUCGCCAGCUGCUACGACAUCGCCUCAGUCCUGUGUCUCAUCCCCGUCAGCUACUUUGGAGGCCUGGGAUGUAAACCUCGAUAUCUAGGUAUAGGUAUCCUGGUUAUGGGCCUAGGAUCUAUCGUCUUUGCACUACCUCAGUUUACUACGGGGCUGUACUCGUUUACGGGAGAUGAUGUGACGUACUGUGAUAUCGGGGCCAAUGUCACGGCAUGUACCAGCAAGGAUAGCCUCUCUAACUACAAAUAUGUCUUCUUCCUCGGGCAGCUACUACAUGGUGCAGGGGCAUCGCCCCUCUACACCCUGGGAGUCACAUAUCUGGACGAGAAUCUGCCUGUCAGAUCGUCCUCCAUGUAUAUAGGUAUAUAUUAUGCGUUUGCUAUCGUGGGACCAGCUAUAGGAUACCUUGCAGGGGGAGCAUUCCUUAACAUCUAUGUAGAUGUUGACACAGUGGACCAAGCAAGUAUAAAUCUGACCCCCAACAGUCCACGGUGGGUGGGGGCGUGGUGGAUUGGAUUCCUACUUAGUGGGGUCUUGGCUUUCCUGGUGGCCUUC